ACGCUUGACGAUUCUAGCUAACAACCGGAAUGGGGAGCUAGCGAGUGGUUGGGCCGCUCCUUGGCGCCAAUCAGUCGAAUAUGAUCAACGGAGGAUCGAUGUGCCCCUGUGACCGCCACUUUCAGAUAGCCUCCAGUGAUACGGCGAUGGGAACUUCGGCCUCGACGGCUUUGACCGGGUGCUAAGCUCUCGACCUGAAACAGCGAAAAAUGUUCUUCUGCCGCUUCAGAUUUUUCCACACAUCGGCAACUUAUCGCAUGAGAUGGGCCGAGGUUUCAGCGGCGCUCCGACCAUUUUAUCUCAAGGUGCAUCCUGAUAUGUUCAUGAAUUUCCCGAACGCGAGGAUAACGAACGAAGAUUCGCUGAAGGAUCUGAACUCAUAUCUGGAAGCACUGACGAAGACACAGACCCCCCAAAACAGGAAACUCGACUUCUUCAUAAAAAGGGAAGGAUCUUCCCAGCUCACACGGCUCACAGUCGAUUUACGAGGCCGAGGACUCGUUGACACUCUGAAGCACAUUCUGAGGCUUGUGGAUCUACCGAUAGACAAGAUAACGGGAACGUCCUACGACCGGGAAUCUUCGAGUUUCAAGGAAGACCAGUAUGGGUACCAGAGAGAAGGUGAUCCGUAUUGGAACCUACAUGAGGAUGAGUUCUCCAGAGCCCCAGAUGUUUCGAAGAAAAUGUCGCUCAAUAAGUUUCUUGAAGAAAACGUUGACGCUGCCUUGGAGCGUUCGCGACUAGCUCAGCCAAUGUACGAAGAAACGCACCGAGUCGAAGCUCAAGUGCUCUCGGCCUUGGGUUUGAAGCAAGUUGUGUGGGACUGUGGAUGGGGAAUCGCUCAUUAUCGAGCUGGACUGCUGGCUCUUUUGAAUCUUCACGAGCAUCACUCCGAUGUACGAGGCAUACUCGAGAAUCGCACCUUGAUAUUCGGGCAGUGGACGGGAGUUUCCCUCGAAGGAAAUAUCAUCCUGUCGAGCGCUGAAGUCAGACAUCAUUGGCUCAGAUUCCUUCGUGAGGUCGACAAGCAGUUCAAAUUUGUAGAUUGGGUACCGCAUUCAGAGAAACAACUCACGGACGUUCUCCGAGGUAUACGGAUCUCCCACGAGAGAUUGCACGGCAGAACUCUUGCUUACAAGUAUUUGGUGCAAGUCGACAAACUCACGAAAACAUUGCACAGGUGGUUAUGGUUGAACAAGUUUCCGGCUGCGAUUCCUGACGAUCUCUCGACUUUCUCCCUGAUCGUUGAGAACGACGCUGGACCGCUGAUGGUGUCUCAUAGCGGGGAGCUCAUCGUCCCUGCAUCGUGUCCCGCUCAAUUAUUCGUCGAUUUCCUCGAGAGCAGCUUGCCACUCGCGGAGAAGGCCAUGGCCAGACAUGCUGUCGAUAUUCUCGAAGAAGAAGAGCUGCAUGCGCAAGUCAUGUGGAAACUUGGACUCCGCGAGCUUUCGAAGGACGAAACCAUUUCCUCAUUCCGCAUGGUGAAAUGUCUCACAGCGCUCCUUGAAGCAUCCGAUGAACUGUCGACGAGCCUGCAGGAUUGUCACAUCCGAGUCAGCAAUUGUUACUCUGUCUUGCAAGACGGUAUACUGUGCAUACCAUCAGAUCUGGAUAGCUGAUCGAAUGGAAGGAUCAAAUCAAAUUGUUGAAGUUCUUUGUUACCACUAUGAAGUGCUUGGGUAAAGGUGGAAUCCGACAGGCCAAGGACUUACAUUGAUACUUUGUGUCGGGUGUUCAUCCACAAAAUAUGCGGGUGGCCAAAUAAAAAUCAGAAGAUGACACCGCUCCGUGGCGUGGAUCGCGACUUCCGGUUGGACUCGAAAUCGUUCCCUCGACGCUCGCAAUGCUGCCGGCUGGAAUGCUGCGAUCCAUGUGCCAUGCUAUUUCGAUU